CGGCUCGUCACAUCUCUGUGUUUAUAUAACUUUUUCUUGUAAUAAGAGAAAAGUGUGUUUUACGGUAGAAAACUAGUAAACCUGCUUCACCGGUGACCCUGCCGGCGCGCUGCCUGUAUACUGAGCGUCCUUGGACGUCCUUGUGCCCGCCCGGGUCUCGUUCUCUACUUUACGCGCGCGCACCGCAGGAAUCCUGGAAGGGUCUUGACUUUGGGGGUCUCUUUUUCCAGACGAUGGAUUUUGGGGGAGCUGGGACGCUGCUCUUGGCUUUCGGUGUCACCUGCCUCUUCUGUCUAUUAACAUGGAUGAAGAACAGAAAGUGGACAGGGAUGCCCCCUGGACCCACUCCGCUUCCGCUCAUCGGGAACCUGCUACAGCUUAAUAUAUGGGAGCUGCCCGAGUCCUUCUCAAAGCUCUCCCAGACUUAUGGCUCCACGUUCACAGUUUAUUUGGGGAACAGACCUGCGAUUAUCCUCCACGGAUACGACGCUGUCAAGGAGGCUCUUAUAGACAAUGCAGACGCGUUUGCCGAUCGAACCAAAUUCCCUGCUUUAGAAUCUGUUUUUAAAGAUUAUGGAAUUUUGCUCAGUAACGGCGAGAGGUGGAAACAGCUUAGACGAUUUUCCAUGAAGACCAUGAGGAAUUUCGGCAUGGGGAAGCGAAGCGUGGAGGAGAGAAUUCAGGAGGAAGUGCGGUAUCUUGGGGAGGAGAUUAAAAAGAAGAAAGGUUUGCCUUUUGAUCCCACCUACCUCCUGACCUUGGCCGUUUCCAACAUAAUCUGCUCUAUUGUGUUUGGCGAGCGCUUCGAAUAUGAAGAUAAGAAGUUCUUGGGUCUUCUUCAGAUGGUUAAGGAGAUCUUCGCCGUUGUGACCUCGUUUCAGGGACAGCUUCUGAACGCUUUCCCCAACCUCCUCCGUUUUAUCCCCGGGUCUUACCAAAAACUUUACCGAGACCUCACGAAGCUGAAAGGGUUUGUGAUGGAGAAGGUGAAGGAGCAUCAGGAGACGUUGGAUGAGAACUGCCCCAGGGACUUCAUCGACUGUUACUUGAUCAAGAUGGAGCAGGAGAAGGGGAACCCCGAUACUGAAUUCCAUCAUGAAAACCUCUGUGUCUCGGUUAUAAACCUGUUCUUUGGCGGGACGGAAACCACAAGCACGACUCUGAAAUACGGUCUGCGGAUUCUCCUGAAAUACCCAGACAUAGCCGAGAAAAUCCAGCAAGAGAUCGACUCGGUGGUCGGCCAGAACCGUUGCCCUUCUGUUGAGGAUCGGAGAGAGAUGCCGUACACGGAAGCUGUGAUCCAUGAGAUCCAGAGAUUCGCUGAUAUUGUGCCCCUAAAUCUGCCCCACGCUGUCAGCGAAACAAUUACUUUCCGAGGGUACACCAUCCCGCAGGGCACCACUGUCUUUCCUGUCCUGACCUCCGUCCUGAAAGAUCCGAAAUACUUUAAGAACCCCAUGGAAUUCGACGUGGAUCACUUCCUAGAUAAUGAUGGUUCACUUAAGAAGAAUGAAGCCUUCAUCCCGUUUUCUGCCGGAAAGAGGAUCUGUCCUGGAGAAGGAAUGGCAAGAAUGGAAAUCUUCCUUUUCCUAACUACCAUCUUGCAGAAGUUCAACCUAAAAUCUGACAUGGACCCUUCAACCAUUGACAUCACCCCUCAGCCUCUCACCAACGGUACCAUCUCUCGCCCAUAUGAGUUGGUCUUGACCUCUCGGUAACACUUGACUGGUCCCAAAGUAAACCUCACCGCACGAGCCAUCGGGUUCAUUGAAGGAGAGCGGCUAGACACGGCAUUAGUCACUUCCAUCUCCAACAAGAAGGCUUAUUUUUGUUUCGGAUUGUGAAAGGCGUGGGGCGUCCGCGUCGUUUGUCUCUGCCUGUUGUCAACAAAUGUAUUUACUUUCAUCAUGACGACAAAAUAAAAGAAAUAUUUUAUCAAGAAA